UGUACCAUUUAAAGUUUCACUAAAGAAGUUUACAAGUCAUGAAAGUCAAACGAAACUCCUUAUAGUCUCCCUCUAUUCCAAACACCUCUUUAAUUUCCCACUCCUCUCACCCGAAAAAACCAUCUUCGUCUCUUUCGCAAAUUUCAAUCUCAAUCUCAGGGUUCGAUUGUUGAAGAUGGAUUGGCAAGGGCAAAAAAUGGCGGAACAAUGGAUGCAAAUUCUGCUACUAGUUUCCGCAGUUGUAGCUUUCGUAACAGGUUAUGUUUUAGGUUCUUUCCGAUUGAUGGUUCUUAUCUAUGCAGGCGGCGUCGUUUUGACUUCUCUGAUCAUUGUCCCAAAUUGGCCAUGGUUUAAUCGUCAUCCUCUUAAUUGGCUUGAUCCAACUGAAGCUGGUAAACACCCUAAGCCUCAACCUGCUGUGAAUUCUGGAAAUAAGAAGAAGAAUACCAAGCAAAAGUAAUGAAAUUGAUACGAGAUAAAACAAAUAUAGGUUGAAUGUUGUUGGUUAAUUAUCGUUUAUGUUUUUGUUGUUUUGUCGAGCUUUCAUUUCUUGAAUUUGUAGUUGCUUGUCUGUAGACAAUAGUUGAUUUUGAUUAUAUGAGUUAAAGAAUGAGAUUUUUAGUUUUUUUCA